AUGUUAAAUAUUAGAGUGUGUGGAGAGUUUGAAAGUAUGUGGAAGUUUUUUUCUGAUGAAUUGAAGGGAUCUGGAGAAUAUGAUAUUAGUUUGAGAGUUUUUAAUAAAUAUUGCCCUAAUAAUAAUUGUAAUAACGAUAUCAAUAAGAUUAAUGCUGGAUGUUUAUGGUUAUUUAAUCAAUUUUAUGGGGAUGUUGUAAAUUUUUCGAGAUAUGCAGAUGACAAAAUUGAUAUUGUUGUAUUUAUUAUGAUAUGGUUAGGCUAUAAAUUAAAUCAAAAGUUAAUUAAAGAAUUUCCCAAUUUAAAAGAUUUUUAUAGUAAGCAUAUACAAAAUGCCGAGGAAUAUAAUAAGACUAUAAACGGUGUUAAGGGGUAUACAAGUUAUAUUGAUCUUAUAAAUAAACACGAUUAUGUGAUAAAUAUUUCUAAUGAAAAUAUGUCUAAACUUUAUGAUUUAUUUAAAAAUUUGUGUAAAAUGUAUAAUGAUAGUUCAAAGGCGAGCAAUAAUAGCAAAAAGUAUAUAGAAUAUGCUGAAGAAUUUGUUAAAAAAUAUAAAGAUCUUAAUGAAGAUUCUAAUAAUGUUGAAGGAAGUUCAUAUAACAAAAUAUUGUCUACAUUAUCAAAUGAAUAUACUUAUUUUAGAAAUAGUUACAUUAAGUCUAAUAUACGAAAUAUACUUCCAGAACUUAUAACGGAAAAAACACCACAAGUUCCUAUAACUCUUAAAGAAUCACAAAUACAUGAACCGUCGAUUGAAAUACCAGAAUCAAGAUCUGAAACUGAAGUAUCAGAUUCUCAAACUGGUGUAUCAGAUUCUCAACCUGGUGAAUCAGAUUCUCAAACAGCACUAUUUAGUUCAUUGACAAUAAACAAACUAAUUCCAAUUCCAUUUAUAUUUGUUGCAACAUUAAUUUUAUUAGGAGUUGCAUAUAAGUAUUCGUUAUUUGGAUUUCGGAAACGAUUUCAAAAACAACAUUUAAGAGAAAAGCUAAAAAAAUAA